GGGUAAAAUAUGUUUCAACACAAGAUGGCGUCCAUGGAUGACCGCAAAAAAUCAGUGGAGGAUAAAAAGCAGGAACUUCUUCGUCGUAUUGCGGAGAAAAAGAAAACCGAGCAAAGCAAAAUGCCAGCUUUGCCUUCCUCUGGUGAAGGAAAUGCACAAAAGGCUUCAAGUAGUGGUACAAUGUUCGUAAACGAUGGCAAUUUCUUAGCUCGCUUUCAAGCUAUGCAACAACAGAAGACAUCUGUUCCUUCGACGUCAGCCUCCAGUAGUACAGAUUUCCGUCCAACUGUGAGCAUGAAGUUGACAACAGUCAAACGAUCGACGCCUGUUAAACCAGUAUCGGCCAGACCGGACGUUUUUGAGGCUCCAGAAGAUUUGGAGGAAAAUGUUCCCCCACCAGAGGAUAAAGAAAUACUCGACAGCAUUGAAGUUCUGGCCGCUAGAGUGGUGCGGGGAGGUGAUCAGGUGGAACAUGCUGCCAUUCAGGACAACGUCAACAACCCAAAUUAUGGCUUCUUGUUUGAUGUCAACAGUCAAGAUCACAAAUAUUACAAGAACCUUGUUAAGUGUUUGAGGGGUGACAGAGUAGAAGGUAGCACUAAAAGUGACAACAGUGAGACUGACACAAGUGGUGGACCCCAAAAGAGAAAGAGAAAGAGCAGGUGGGAUCCAACCCCUCCAAAACCUACAUCAUCGUCAUCAUCAUCUUCUAACAGUGAUGCAGCAGUUGCUGCCGCAUUGGCUGUAGCUGCAGAGAUUGAACACAGCAUACCAAUGAGUAACAAAGAGGAAGAGGAACGACAGAAGCAAAUCAAAGAACAGCAAGAGAUUCAAGAAAUGUACAUGAGGAUAUUGGCUCAGCGUGCAGCUUAUCAGGCUGGUGCAGUUGUGCAAAAAGACAGUGACAAACCAAAGUAUGAAUAUGACUCAGAUGAAGAUAUUGAAGGAGGUACCUGGGAACAUAAAAAGAGAAAGAAGGAGAUGAGAAAAACAGAAGAAAAAGCAGUAGAACUCACUCAAAAAGGUAAAGGGAAACAUCAUAUCGGCGACUUCCUCCCUCCGGAAGAACUGAAGAAAUUUACAGCAAAGGUUAAAGCUGUAAAAGGCGAGUCUUCUUUGGACAGCUUUGAUUUCUCUGACUAUGCUGAGCACAAGAUAAAAGAGGACAACAUUGGAUAUAAGAUGCUUCAACAGGCUGGCUGGCAAGAAGGAAUGGGACUCGGAUCUCAAGGACAAGGGAUUACAGCACCUGUGAACAAGGGUCGUGGCCCUGAUGACAUUGGUGGUCUGGGUGAAGAGAAGCCAGGGGAAAUACAGCAAGAGGAUGAUGAGUUUGACUUGUAUCGCAAGAGAAUGAUGUUAGCAUACAGAUUUAGACCUAAUCCUUUGAAUAACCCUAGAAGACCAUACUACUAGAUCAGGAAGAUAUUUGUCAUCUCUCCAAAAGGAACUUACCCACAGUAAAUCUAUAAAUGAGCUAAAUUGUAUUGGAAUUGCUUGACAUUAUGUUAUAUGACUACAGCUGGACAGAGAACACUUUUUCAGUUGGGUCUCGUUAUUUGAAACUCUGUUAUUUAGAAUUCCCUGUUAUCUUGACUCAAAUUGUUUUCCCUUAGAUAUGCUUUUCAGUCAUUAAAUAUCGACUCAAGCCGCUUUCA